CAAACUCGAACACAAGACUCUCAAGAAAAGAAAGAAAGAUAACCUCUAUAACCUUUUAAUUUUUAGUGUCUCUUAAAUAAUUGUAUUUUCAUUUGUGAUGAAAAAUGUAGAACUGUUUUAUCUAUUAAAGACUAAGAAGAGAUAAAAUAGGGAAAAGGACAAAGUUCAACCCCCACCAUGGCUACUACAAUCAUGUAAGUUUAUAUAAAUGAUGAAAUUGACUUUUCAAUUUCUCGUUUGUCUGUUCCUCUUGUUGCAAACAAACAAAGCAAUUGCUGUCAAUUGUUCUUGAGUCACCUUAACACGUUUCCAUUUAUUAUGUUAAUUAGUUUGAUCAAUUAUUCGAAAGUAAAGUGUCUUGUGUGAUUAGUGUAUACAGUGUCAACCGCUUAGUUGUUAGCUUGUGUUUUUGAAGAACUUUCUUGUAUUUUCAUCCUGGCAGCACUUGGAGGAAUGCUAACUACCUGUGUGGAAGAUUGUAUUUCACUGAGGUCACGCACCGGAGCUCUUCAUCACACCUGCAAGUGGAUACAUCAGACCAUCGCCCUGCACAACCAUAUGAUCAGCCUUGCCUCAAUUGCUAGUCAGCUUCAGUAAAACAUUUUUGCUUCUAAAGACUAUUAUUAUUCUAGGACAUAAAGUGACAAUAAUAGUUGCUCCUCGAAGAAGCUGCAUUAAGACGAACUCAUUAAAAACAAUUUUAGAGAAAAUAUUUUCAAGUCAACACUUGGACUCGUGCAGAUAUUCUACUUAUUCUAAAUUAAAGUUUAGCAUAACGAGCUCAAAAACUAUUACUUUAUUGACUAUAGACACAAAGGUGCUCCUCUUAAAACUUUAGAAAUAGUAUAGGUUAUUAUUUUUCUUUGUAACUGUUGGUUCGAAUAUUAAGAAAAUGGUUCAAAUACUUUUCCACCCUCUAAAACUAAGCACUAGAAUCCUCUCCAGGAAUAAUUCAAAAACUUUACUCCUCUCACAAGAAUGUACAUCCGCUAGAUUAGUCUCUAAUAUGCCCGUAGCAAGUAGCAAGGUGCGAGAAGUUGAGAAUGACGAGAAUAAAAUUGUGAAAUCUGUCUAUAUAUCCCAAUCAAAAGAUAUUUUCACAAAUCUUGCUCUUGAAGAUUGGAUGUAUAAGAAUUUUGAUUUUUCAAAGCAACACAUUCUUCUAUUGUGGAAAAAUGACCCGUGCGUUGUCAUUGGAAGAAAUCAAAACCCAUGGCUUGAAGCGAAUCUUGAUGCGUUGUCAAGAGAUGGAGUUGAGGUGGCAAGAAGGAGCAGUGGCGGUGGUACAGUCUACCAUGACAAUGGAAAUCUUAAUUUAACAUUUUUUACUCCUCGCGAGCACUACAACAGAAGAAGGAAUCUGGAUCUCGUCUCCAACGCCUUGAAGAGAGAGUGGGCAAUAAAUGCUGAGAUCAAUCAACGGGAGGACAUGGUCGUUGAUGGAGUUUACAAGAUCUCUGGAACUGCAUCGAAACUGGGCCGUCCAAAUGCUUAUCACCAUUGCACUCUUCUUGUGGACGUCAAUCAAUCCAACCUGAGGGAAGCUCUGCGCAACAAAGAUGAUGAAAUCAAAACAAACGCAACGAAAAGCAUUCCAUCGCCGACGAAAAACCUGAGCCAAAUGAACCCAUCGAUCAGCGUCGGUCACCUGCUGAAUGCGGUCGGCUGGGAGUACCUUCGUCGCAAGCCGAUGUCUCUCGAGGACGGAGGCUCGCAGCUCAUCAGCAGGCAGAAUGGCUUCCAACUGGUCAAUCCAACCGAUGAUUGGUUUCCAGGGCUGGCAAAGAUCCGUGAUGAAUUUGAGAGCUGGGAUUGGCGCUAUGGACAGUCGCCCAAGUUCAGCAUAUCGAAGGCUUUUCCAUUGCCGGCCGGCGUCUGCGAGAACUCAGCCGAACAGCUGACUGUCAAGGUCGAUAUCGAGAAAGGCCUUGUACAGGAUGUCGUUCUCCACGUGCCACACUCCUUGAUGAAUGCCCACGGCUUAUCGGAUGGCUUACAGAUUUUGUCUUCCAUGAAAGGCCGACGAUUUUCCGAAGAAGCUCUGGAGGAACUUGAUCUAGCUCUCCGAGAGAAUCACCAUCUGAAGGAUUUCGGCAAAGUGUUUGUUGCGGAUUGUAUGCGUAAGAUGGUGGCAUCCGCUUGACAAAAUAAUAUCGAACAUCACAAUUGAACAACUAAAAUUCAAGAACUCCAUAAUUAGCAUGAGGAACACGAAAACAACGAUUUAGAAUCCUUAUGGAUAGAUAUCCAUAUUGAUAGAUUCAAUAUUCAAAUGGGAGAAUAAUCAACCUUGAACAGCUAUUGCAAUAAUUAUAAAUUGGCUAAAAUAAAAGUUUUCAUAGCGUAGUUUGAAUUAAUCUGCAGUAAAUAAAAAAAUAUAAAGUUAAAUCUGCUGUAGAAAAUGUAGGACAAAUUUAUCAGUAGCAAAUUUUCAGUAUCUAAUCGACAUGAAUUUUGUAAAAAACUGUUAUACGUUUUACAUCACAAUAUUUGGAUACUUGUCAGGGUUUAACAAAUUAUGCAUGCUUCUUCAAGGAAGAACUAUUUUUGUUCAGUAGCUGUUGAUAUAUAUUUUUUAAUAAAUCUAUAUUUUGUUGAAUGUUUCAAUCAAUUAUUAAGAUCCAUUAUUGCCUAUUAAUUGAAAAGUGAGGGUGCGCACAUAGUGAGUAGGUAGAGGUCGAGCUAGCAUUGUAUAUCGAGGAAAGUAAACGCUGCUUUCGAACGCGGCUUUCCUUCUACUUGGAGCUUUAGAGCUAGCGAUGAAAAAUUUCUUAAGCACC